AUGUCAUUAAAACGUAUUAAUAAAGAAUUAUCAGACUUGGGAAGAGAUCCACCAUCAUCUUGUUCAGCAGGACCAGUGGGUGAUGAUUUAUACCAUUGGCAAGCAUCAAUAAUGGGACCACCAGAUUCUCCAUAUGCUGGAGGUGUAUUUUUUUUAAGUAUUCAUUUCCCAACUGAUUAUCCAUUUAAACCACCAAAGAUUGCAUUCACAACUAAAAUAUAUCAUCCAAAUAUUAAUUCAAAUGGUAACAUUUGUUUAGAUAUUUUAAAAGAUCAAUGGUCUCCAGCUUUAACAAUUUCAAAAGUAUUAUUAUCAAUUUGUUCUUUAUUAACUGAUGCUAAUCCUGAUGAUCCAUUAGUUCCAGAAAUUGCUCAUAUUUAUAAACAAGACAGAAAGAAAUAUGAAGCUACUGCUAAAGAAUGGACAAAAAAAUAUGCUGUUUGA